AUGCUAAGGCAACGAGGUAAGGAACGCAAACCAAACAAUUGCUUUCUAGAUCUAGUUCGAUCAGAAAAACCAUGUAUGGUGGACUUACAAAUUCCAUCAAAUUUGCGAGAUAUAUUUUAUUCAGCACCAAUUCUUGCUUCUCCAAUAAUUGAUGAUGAUGCAUACAUGGAAUUUAGUUCUCUAAGCAUACCAUCUCCAAAAAGUUCUUCAAUUGAACUUCCAGAUUUGCUUACUAAUCUGGAAACUUUUCAACAAAAGCUAUUGAAUUAUAGAAAAACAGACGAAGAAUCUACAAAGUUUAUUAUCAAAUACAUUUCAGAACAUCCAGUUCUAGGAGCAAGCGAAUUCAACAUUUGUGUUUCAAUUCGUCCCAAUUUAUAUCUUGACUAUGCAUAUUUAUACUCGAAACUUAUUGAAGAAUUUAAAUUUACAUUCCGUUCUUUACUUUUUGUUCCGAAAGAAUUUUCAAAAAUUUUAAUUAAAGAAAACUACGAAAACAGUGUUAAUGCAAUGCAGAUAUCAAAUUAUUCUAAUUCUUUUUGCAGAAAUCCAUAUCCACAUCUUGGCGUUUACAAACUUCCAUUUUUAAUUUCAAAAAAUUACAGCCAAGUAGAUGUUCUUGGCUUCAUCAAAGUUCCUCUCACAACUGAAGUUAUCAUAAGUUUUAUCAAAGAUGAUCUUGAUUAUUUCUUAAAACUUUCAACACAACAAUCAGAAUUUACAAAUUUUGGAUUUUAUUUUGAAGAAAGACCAGGUGAUUUAUAUUCAUUUAUAAAUGUUGCAGCGUAUUACGGAUCAGUCAAUAUAUUCAAAUACUGCAUUUCAAGUCAAACAAACUUUAUUAUUUUACCACAAUUUGUUAUUGCAGGUGGUUCUAAAGAAAUCUUAAGAAUUUGUGAACAACAAGGAAUUAAACUUGUUGAUUAUGCAGUCAUUGCAUUAUUAUAUAGAAGAGAUGAUAUAUAUGAAUGGUUGAUUGAGCAAUCAGAAGUAAAUAGACCAAAUCCAUUGUAUUAUUGCACAGAAACAUAUUCUAUUAAAAAGUUUUAUGAAUUUUGUCAACUGAACAAAAAAGCUCUUAACAACAGUUAUUUCAUUCCAUUUUUGAUUGAAAACAUGAAAGAAGAAAUCAAAUUAUUUGCAGAACAUAUCAUUCCAACAUAUGACAAUGUUUUUCUUACAAAAGAUAUCGAAACACAUACAAAUCUCUUUAAAGAUGUAAAAAAGAGCAAAAUAAUUUCAUUGUUUGAGAGUUUCAUGUAUAAUGAUGACGAAUUUCACAUGAAUUUGAUUUACGAUACACAUUUAUUUGAUUAUUUCAGUUUAUCUAAAGACACCAUCUAUAACCUUAGAUUCAAAUUCCCGAAUAUGUAUAACAAAAUACUUUCAGGUGUUGAAAAAAGCUUCGAAGAUAAGGCAGAUGGACAAGAAAUAACCGAUUAUUUCAAAGAUCCAAGUAAGAUUAACGUGUGUCUUGAAAUACUUGCAAGGAAAAAAGAUUUGGAACUUUUUGUCAAAACUUUCAUCAAAUUCAAAGAAUCUGUGUCUAUUGAAACAGCUCUUGAUUCUAUCAAAACAUUUGAUCUUAUUUGGACAUCAGUUUUUUAUUAUUUUUCUGAUAAAAUCAUCGAAAGUGAUCAAUACAUUUCUAUUAUGGCAACACAUAUCAAUUUAGAAAAAAUGUCUUAUUUAGAAAGUACAUUUCAAAAUGUUGUUAACCAAAGAUUUGUUAGGAAAGAUUUCGAGCAUUAUAACAAAAAUUUGAAAACUUUUGUUCAAAAAUCAUUGGCUUUUAUUGAUAAAUUGGAGCCAAUAAGAAUUUGUUAUAUGUUGAUAUUAGCUAUUAAAUUCGCUCCUGAAUGCAUUAAGAAAUUCAACAUCUUUGAAAUACCUGUUUGCGAAAACUUGGAUGAUUACAUUUAUCAAAUUGUUAAUAACAAGAAAUUUUUCUCACCAAUUCUUGAAAACAUUGAGAAUUGCAAGUCAUUGAUAGCUGCUGAUGCUCGUUUUAUCAUGGGAAUGUCGAAGUAUGCAUCAAACAAAGAGUUCGUCGAUUACGUCAUCCAUGAAAUUGGAGACACUGAACAUAAAUUUUAUAUUAACAAGUUCUUAAUGAAUCCUGAAGUUAAAAAACAUUAUUCAGUUGAAGAACUUGUUACAAAUGUUUCAAAGGAACAUAAUCUUUUACUCAAUAAUAUCGAAUUAACAAAAGAAGAAUUCGAUUAUGUUAAUUCAAAAUCUGAAUACGAAUUGUUUAAUAACCCGAAAAAUGCAAUUUAUUAUCCAUUGGAUAAGAUUUUGAAACAUGCAAUGACAACUGGUAUUUAUGAUUGUUUAGAACACUUUGAAUUAACGAAAAAUGAUCUUGUUACAAUUCUUAGUCAAUGCCAGACCAAAAACUCAUUUCCUUUGAUAAGAAACGAAAGUUUCAAGAAACUUUGUGACACAGAUUUCAUCAUUAAUAUGAUGAAUAGCAAUACUAGAGCAAUCAAUACAGAAGAUGCUAUAUUAGCUAUGUAUGAAUUGAUCACUCAUCGCAAAGCAGAAUUCCAAGAAAACAAAAUCAUUUCUUGGUUUAAAUACAUCAUUAAAUGUGAUAAAUUGACAGAAUUUCUUAAGAAUUCAGAAGGAAUUCUUGACAAAUCCACAUUAUUUGAAAUUUCUCAUCGCUAUCACCAUCCAUUUGUCUUAAAUGGAGUUACUCUAGAUUUAGAUCACAUCGAAAAAUUCGAUAGUAAAACAAUCAAAAGCAUUUAUGAGAAUGUUAAUGUUCCUCAUGAUUAUCACAUGAAAUAUCUUCUCCAAAUACUUAAACACGAAGAUACUCCUGAUGUCAUUGAUCUCAUUCUUUCACAAAGUAAGAUGAACAUUGACGUUUUUGUUGAUAAAACACCACUCCAAUACGCAGUUAAAUACAAUCAUCCACAAACUGUUUUAUACUUAUUGAAUAAAGGUGCAAACACAGGAUAUAUCGGAAACCGCACAAUUCUUACUUUUACUAAGGAUGAAGAAAUGAAGAAAAUCUUGCUUCCUUAUGUUGAUAUGGAUAAUCAUCAGAAGUAUUUGAUUUCACUAUCCAAAACUAAUGAUGUUGAUUUCACCAAUAAAUGCAAGAAAUUUGUUAAAGAUAAUGCAAAAGUCAUCGAUAAGUUACAGAAGAAUUUCGAAUUUAAGGAAUUCAUGGAAUAUCUUUUUACAUGGGAUGUUUCUCUUGAAGAAGCAUUUUCAUAUUUAAGUUCAAUGGUCACACAAGAUAAAUUAAUUAAAUCAUGCGGUUUUGAUAGUCUGAAAUGCGCCACAAGUCAAUUUUUUGCAUCUGUUAGUAAUGACAUUGUUGCUAAUGCUAAAAUUGAAUUUCAACUUUGUUAUGGAGUUCUUAGAAGAAGAACUCAGUUUAUUACUCCUGAUCCACGACUUGGAAAUUUGUUGUAUGUUAGUGUUGUUUGUGGUAAUGAAGAAGUUGUUUCGAAAAUUCUUGAAUGCGGUGUUGAUCCAAAUGAAUACGAAGGUUACAAACAUCUUACUAAUCCAGGACUUGAAUGCGUUCGCAGUGGUAAACUCAAUCUUUUGAAACUAUUAGUUUCACAUGGCUUAGAUAUCAAUCGUGUUUAUUAUCACGACAACACAACAUUGAUUAAUGCAUCUAUUCUUAAUCAUCAGAAGAAAUGCUUUAAUUACUUACUAGAAUUACACUGUGAUUUAAGUCACAAAGUUAUUCUUUCUCCAUAUAUGGCUGCCAUGUCCAUUUCCAAGACAAAUAACUAUUAUGAAAAGAAGUUGCUACCACUCAUUGACAUGUUUCAAGAAACAUUUGUUAAUCAAAAAGCUUCAAAAAUCCACAAGUUCUAA